GAACGUGAAAGAGCAUGCCUACAUCCAGCUUUGUAUGUGUGAGCGGGUGAGAGCGAGAGAGCGUUCCAUCAUCCAACUCCUGCAGCUUUUUCUCUCUAUGAUAUCCUCCUCCUCCUGAAGUGAGUGAGAGAGAGAGAAGGGGAACGACGACAAGAAGAGAAACAGCAUAGAGAGUAAAAGCGUGCUCUCUUUUUUCUAUCGUGCUGCUCCUGCUUCCUCUCACCCAAGGCAGGGAAAGAAAGAAAGACAGGAGAGGGCUCUAUCCAUCUUCCUCUCUCUUCUGUCCCUGUGUUCAGCUGGGAGUGCAAGAUUUUUUUCCACUGUUGGGGGACACUUUGGAGGAAACUCUAGGGACCAGGGAAACGAGGAGAAGCUGAGAGCCACGAUGCUCAACAACCUCACCGAGUGUGAGGAGGGAGAGGGGGGAGCAAACAGCCAGGGAGAUGGGAAUCCCAAGGAGAGCAGUCCUUUCAUCAACAGCAGUGAUCCAGAGAAAGGCCAACAGUACGAUAGGAAAAACAUGGCACUGUUUGAGGAGGAGAUGGACACUAGUCCCAUGGUAUCGUCUCUGCUCAGUAGCCUUGCCAACUAUUCCAACCUGCCUCAGGGCAGCAAGGAACACGAGGAAGCUGAGAACAACGAAGGAUCUCGCAAGAAGCCUGUACAGGCUCCACAGAUGGGCACACUGAUGGGAGUAUAUUUCCCCUGUAUGCAGAAUAUUCUAGGUGUGAUCCUGUUUUUGAGGAUGACCUGGAUGGUGGGAAUUGGAGGAGUCAUCGAGGCCUUCAUCAUUGUCCUUAUGUGCUGCUCCACGACUAUGUUAACUGCAAUUUCAAUGAGUGCCAUCGCCACCAAUGGAGUAGUACCAGCCGGCGGAUCUUACUACAUGAUCUCUCGUUCGCUUGGCCCUGAGUUUGGUGGCGCUGUGGGGAUCUGUUUCUACCUGGGGACCACCUUUGCUGGAGCCAUGUACAUUUUAGGCUGUAUUGAGAUCUUACUGAUCUACAUUGCGCCGCAGGCAGCCAUCUUUAAGAUGGAAGAUUUGGAGGGCCCAGAGGCAGAGGCAGCUAUGUUGAAUAAUAUGCGAGUGUAUGGCACUUUGGUGCUGACUUUCAUGGCCGUGGUGGUAUUUGUGGGUGUGAAGUACGUCAAUAAGCUUGCGCUGGUUUUCCUGGCCUGUGUUAUUUGCUCCAUCCUGGCAGUGUAUGCCGGAGUCAUCAAGACUGCCUUUGAACCACCUGUGUUUCCGGUGUGUGUUCUGGGGAACCGGACUCUAGUUUGGAAAGGUUUUGAUAUAUGUGCUAAAGUGAUUGAGAAAGACAAUGUAACAGUCACUACCAAACUCUGGAGUCUCUUCUGUGACUCUGAGUUCCUCAAUGCCACCUGUGACAGCUACUUCACCAACAACAACGUGACGGAGAUAGCGGGGAUUCCUGGCGUCACCAGUGGCAUUCUGAAAGAAAACUUGUUUGGAAACUAUAUGGAGAAGGGUGCUUAUCUGGAGAAGCUGGGCCUUUCUUCAGAGGAGGAGCCAGACGCUCUGCCCACUAACACUAAAAACUAUGUGCUAUCGGACAUCACUAGUUUUUUCACACUCCUGGUUGGGAUCUACUUCCCUUCAGUUACGGGCAUAAUGGCAGGUUCGAACCGCUCUGGUGAUCUGCGGGAUGCUCAGAAGUCCAUCCCCAUUGGUACCAUUCUGGCUAUCAGCACCACCUCCUUCAUCUACAUGUCCAGUGUUUUGCUGUUUGGCUCCUGCAUUGAGGGAGUAGUCCUGAGAGACAAAUUCGGUGAGGCAGUAAGAGGGAACCUGGUGAUAGGAACGUUAGCGUGGCCCUCCCCCUGGGUCAUCGUCUUUGGCUCUUUCUUUUCCACUUGUGGGGCGGGGCUUCAGAGUUUGACCGGUGCACCACGUCUUCUGCAGGCCAUUGCUAGGGAUGGGAUAGUGCCAUUUCUUAGAGUAUUCGGUCAUGGCAAAGCAAACGGGGAGCCCACCUGGGCUCUGCUUCUGACUGCCUGCAUCUGUGAGUGUGGAAUCCUUAUCGCUUCUCUGGACUCAGUCGCGCCAAUCCUCUCAAUGUUCUUCUUGAUGUGCUAUAUGUUUGUGAACCUUGCAUGUGCUGUACAGACUUUGUUACGGACCCCCAACUGGAGACCUCGCUUCAAAUUCUACCACUGGGCUCUGUCAUUCCUGGGCAUGAGCCUGUGUCUCUCGCUCAUGUUCAUCUGCUCUUGGUACUAUGCCAUUGUUGCCAUGGCAAUCGCCGGCUGUAUCUACAAGUAUAUCGAGUUCCGGGGGGCAGAGAAAGAGUGGGGUGAUGGAAUUCGUGGGCUGUCCCUGAGUGCAGCACGCUACGCACUUAUGAGGCUGGAAGAGGGGCCACCACACACCAAGAACUGGAGGCCUCAGAUCUUAGUGCUAGUCAGUAUGGAUGCAGAGCAGAAUGUUGAACAGCCUCGUCUUCUGUCUCUGACCAGUCAACUGAAAGCAGGGAAAGGACUUACAAUUGUGGGCACUGCACUAACCGGAACCUUCCUGGACGAUCACCCUCUGGCCCAACAAGCCGAGCAGUCCCUGAAGAAGCUAAUGGAAACAGAGAAGGUGAAGGGUUUCUGCCAGGUGGUGGUUUCCUCCAACAUCCGCGAUGCCACCUCGCACCUGGUGCAGGUCAGUGGGCUCGGAGGCCUCCAGCACAACACCGUGCUCCUAAGCUGGCCACGCAACUGGAAACAGGCUGAAGAUCAUCAGCUGUGGAGGAACUUCAUCGAGUUGGUCAGAGAGACCACAGCUGCCAGUAAAGCCUUGCUGGUGGCUAAGAAUAUUGCAGCUUUCCCAUCGAAUGGUGAGCGCUUCACUGAGGGUUACAUCGAUGUGUGGUGGAUUGUUCAUGAUGGUGGCAUGCUCAUGCUACUGCCCUUCCUCCUGCGCCAUCACAAGGUGUGGAGGAAGUGCAGGAUGCGCAUCUUCACUGUGGCUCAGAUGGAUGAUAAUUCUAUUCAGAUGAAGAAGGACUUAACCACCUUCCUGUACCACUUGCGUAUCGACGCCCAGGUGGAAGUAGUAGAGAUGCAUGACAGCGACAUCUCAGCCUACACCUAUGAAAAGACCCUGAUGAUGGAACAGCGCUCUCAGAUCCUCAAGCAGAUCAAUCUCACUAAGACAGAGCGUGAGCGUGAGAUUCAAAGCAUCGCUGAUAGUUCACGUGGUUCGAUUCGUCGCAAGAACCCAGCGACAGUCAACACCCAUCUGAGUGUGACUGAGGAAGCAGCAUCCAGCAGCAAGGAGGAUAAACCAGAGGAAGAGGAGCAGCUCAUCCAUGAUAAGAGCACCAACCCACCAACACCCGCCACCCCACAGUCCCCUGCCACUGAGGCCGUGACUCCCAGCACAGCUGUCCAGAUGACCUGGACCGAGGCCAAAUGUGAUGGAGAGCAGCCCAAACCUCCAGGAGCCAGCACACCUGGGGCCAUCAAAGACCUUUUCAGUAUGAAACCAGAGUGGGAGAAUCUAAACCAGUCCAACGUCAGACGCAUGCACACUGCUCUCAGACUCAAUGGUGAAAUCGUGAAGAAAUCUGGCGAGGCCAAGUUGGUGCUGCUCAACAUGCCUGGACCACCUAAGAACAGAACUGGAGAUGAGAACUAUAUGGAAUUCCUUGAGGUUCUCACUGAGGGUCUCAACCGUGUCCUCCUCGUGCGUGGUGGAGGUCGUGAGGUCAUCACCAUUUAUUCUUGAAAGAACAACUUGCAUCAACCCACAAACCCACCCCCAGCCUCAACCCUGAAAAAUGUUUCAUUACCAUAGUCAAACCACAAAACAUUCCCCGACCAUCCCCAAGCAAUAUCCCAGAAUUCCCUGCGCUUAUCCGACCCCCACCCUAAAAUGGAGCUACGACAGAUCCUCAUAUUGCUCUCUCUCCCUCUUUAAGGAGCCCUCAUUAAGGCCUUUCUACUCAUUUUCCAUGCAGUUUUCUCAUUGGCCGCCGCAUGUUCUUGGCCUUAUCUCAUUCCUGUUUGUUGUUUGUAAUCCAAUGAUCUAUGAUUUGCCCUGCCGAGUUCAGUGCCACAUAUGAUACAAGGAAAAACUAUUGAUGUCAGUACGUUUUCUGCUGCAUUCCUGACGUUUUCUCCAACCCCUACUUUUCCCAUCCAAUCAGGAGACGUUUGAAGGUUGCAGAAAUAGAAAGGUUUUAGGAGCUUUCUGCUUCCUUUAUGGCUUUGAUUUGUACAUUUACUUUUUAUAUAUAUUUAUUUAUUAUUUAUUUAUUUAUUUAUUUAAAAGCAAAAACCUAAACUUUCCAGAAAGAGUUCAGAAGUCAGACAAGCUGAGGAUCUGUCAGUCGUUACAUCACUGUGAUGAAGCAAUGAAUUUUGCGAUGGACCCAGACCAAGGAGAUGACAGAGAUGGUGGCACGCCGCUAUUUUUGCCACAUUGUGGGCUGAAUUCCCAGAAGUCAUGUGUCAUGAGAAGGACUGACAGUCACGGAAAGAGACUCUCCUGCUGUGAUGUUUCGGUUUGAUGUGGCCACAUUCACCACCCACAUAGUGUGCUAGGUGGAAACACUUUGAUCCCCCGGACUGUACUUGGAAAAAACAUACAUUUGUGCUCUGUUUUCUUGUCACAGUUCUGCCAUUUUUAAAAUUUGUGUUUAUUUGUGUUUAAUUGUUAUCGUCUGCGUAUGCCCUGAAAUUUUCACUUCUCCUGAUUGGAUGUGAAUAGCUAUUCCCUGCCAAACACUAUAUGUGCCAAAACAAUAGUGGGAAGAUCUGUGAUUUGCUGUCUCAAAAUGACAGAACAAGAAAAAAAAACAAAUAGGACUUAUCUGUAUUAUCUGAGUGUCAUAAGUGAGAGGAAACAUGUAACAAACAGAAUGUUGGAGGAGGAGGAGGAGGAGGAGGAGGAGGAGCGGAUAAAAGUCUACACGGUGUAAAAUCUCUGAGGUAUUUGAGAAAUAUUGCUUUUCUGGGAUUCACUGCUAAGGAAGUCACAGGGUUGACGCUAAGAGUCUUCAGGAUGACUUUAGGCUUUUCACUGUGGCAUUGGGAAGUGUACUGUACUGUACUGUACUGUAGCCCCCUUCACGAGCACUCAACCUGCACUGGCAGCCACUGUGUAACAAGUGAUUUAAUGAGUCUGUGGAUUCAUUAAGUGUGUGUGCGUGUGCGUGCAUGCGUGUGUGUGUGUGUGUGUGUGUGUAUGUGUGUGUGGGUGUUCGUAUGUGUGUGGGUGUUCAUAUGAUCCAUCUUUGGGAACUUGAAGCAUUUUAGUCGCUUUUUACAAACAUGAAAAUGUGUUUGUUACAUUUACAGAAAGAUCUAUAUAAAAUACCGCUACUAUACAUAUACAUAUAUAUUCUGUAUUGGACCACACCAAAAUAUCUUUGUUAAAAAAAAAAAAAAAAACGUAGAACUAUGAUACACAUGUUGAUUGUGCCAUAUGACUGACAAUACAUAUCAGUUUAAAUAUUAAUAGAGCGAACUAACUUGAAUAUACAUAGGAAGAAGUAAAAGCCGUCAAAAGACAGAAAGGAAAUGUAUUGUCCAGAAACUCCAUGCAAUCGUAUGCAAAGCGUCUAUGGGAUGUGGUCUAGACGGAGUUGCUGAAGGAGUAGUUUAAGCAACAUCUUUUACCGAUCGUAUAGUUCGAAAUGAAAUGAAUGUUAGAGAUGAGGACGAUCUGAAAGUGCAUAAAGAACUGGUUGUGCAAUAGCUGAAACUGGAAAAGUCAUAUAAUCAUUGCAUUAUUUAUUUUUGUAUGCGGAUACUUUUGUAAAUGUCGGUUUUAUUUUGGGGAGUUUUCACAUAAAAAGCAGUAAGAGUUUAAGUAUGUGAUUUGUUUCUGCUCAGAUAAAUACUGUUAUUGUCACUUGUACUUCACUAAUUAACAUACAUAUGUGUAUAGAUACAGUAUAUAGCUAUAUACACACCGAUCAGCCAUAACAUUAAAAACACCGGCUUAUUAUUGUUAGUAGGUCCCUUUUAUGUUGCCAAAAGAGCUCUGUUUUUUUGAGUUAUUAACUCUACAAGACCUCUAAAGGUGUGCUGUGGUAUCUGGCACCAAGAAAUUAGCAGCAGAUCCUUUAAGUCCUGUAAAUAAUGAGGUAGAGCCUGAAUAGAUCUGACAUGUUUGUCCAGCACAUUCAACAGAUAUUUGAUUAAAUUCAAAUCUGGGGAAUUUGGAGGCACAUUGAACUCUUUGCCAUGCUCCUUAAACCAUUCCUGAACAUUUUGUCUUUCCUUCAAACAUUUUAGGUCGGUAGACUUGGUGUAAUGGAGAUGCUCUGACCCAGUUGGCUACCCAUUACACUAUGGCCCUUGUCAGAGCCAUUCAGAUCCUUACACUUGCCCAUUUUUACCUGCAUCCAACACAUCAGCUUCAAGAUCUCACUGCACACUUCAGCUCGGUUUAAUAUAUAUAUUUAUAUCCCAAUUUUUGACAGGUGCCAUUGUAAUGUAAUAAUCAAUGUUUUUUUUAAUUCAUCUGUCAGUGUUUUUUUAUUUUGUGGCUGAUCUAUUUAUACAUAAUGUAUGUAAUAUAUCACUAGUGAAGCAAGUGACAACAAUUUUUAUCAUCACUUGCACACACAAAUAUAUAUAUAUACUGUUUUAAAUGCAUAAAUCCAUAUAUUGUGAAUGCUGCUAGUGUGUGAAUAGAUAUGUAUAUACAUAGAACUAAAGUAUUUAUAGACAUAAGAAAUAUUACACUAUAGUACUAAGGAGGGGCAGACGUACAAAAAUACAUAUCAGCGCUGGUGAUUGUUGUAUUUAAGUUCAGUGGGCUUUCAGACCUAACAGCAGUCAGCUUUUCAGUGAAUCUAAAAGCAGUCAUUUAUUUCACACUUUAAUAUUAUACAUGCAGCAAAGCAUGUGAGACUAUGGCUGCUUUCAGGUGUAAAGUUAAAGGAAGGAUUCACUCUGAGCCACCACUUGCACUCUUAUUUGCUUUUAGUAUGAACCACCCACCAUAUAUAUAUAUAUAUAUAUAUGAGGAUGAGAAAAUCUUAGCUCAAGUGUUGCCUGCGUAGACUGAGCCUAGCCUUUCAACACGUUUCCCAAAAAAGAUCAUGAGCUUAUUCGAACAGCUCAUUUUAUCUGAUUUCAUCCUGAUGAUUUGUUGUUUGCAUGGUUCAAAUAUGAAUAUUUGUUUUGGUGGUUUAUAUUGUGUAUUCUGUGAAAGAAGAAAAGUGGGAGGGAUCCGUUAGAGCCCAUGUUGCUAAUGGUUGUGUUGCAAAUCAUCUAGCAGUGCUCGAAGGUAGUGUGCCGGAGUGACCAUGGUCGAGUGACUAGGAUCAUGGCUGGCUGUAGCUUCGAGUGCAUAAUACUGUACUGUUGUGUUUUGAUAUUUCCGUAGUUAGAUUAGCAGGAGACUUGCAGUGUGCUUGUUACGUUGUCUUUUUUGACCUUGUGUGUUUCUGCGCUAAUACACUAAUCAGUUUGUUGUAUUGUGAGAUUUUUAGUACAAAGCAGUGGUUAAGGAUCCAUCCACUUCUUUUGGAAGGUUACGUGCAAUACUGUUUCUCUUGAGGGUUGAUGAUUGUAUGUGAGCAUGUGAGAAAUAUUUUUUAUGUCUGCUUUAUUUGUGGUCCUGUAGGCCAUGGUGUUCAUCAGCACUCUUUGUGUGCUAGAGGAUUUUACGUCACAUCUGUUCUAUGGUGGCUGAUACAGAAAUGCACUUUAUACAGGGUUGACGUUCUUUCCAGCGAUGAUGACGAUGUCAUUAGGGGUACCUUUGCUAUUUGAGCCUGCUGGAUCCUAUCGGAGUUUUCAGCUUCCUCUAGUGGCAAAAGUGUGUGUAGUUCAGUCAUGAGGAAGCGGCAGUUAUUUCAUGGUUGCAGAACGAAUACAUUCUCCGCUAGUUACAUACUACCUGAUCGAGACAGUUUUCACUCUGCUGCAUGAACCUAGAUGUAUAUUUAUUUUUGCACUUAUUGUGUAUCAAUAGCUCUUUUGUCUUGAUUCUUCACACUAUAAGACACGUUCAAAAAUAUAUUUCCUACGCAGAAUCAAUGCAGUGACUCCCUCCCACCUGCUUCACCAGCUGCCAUACCCAACAAUCUCCCAAUCACAAACACAUACACACACACUUUCUCUCUCUCUCUGUCUUUCUCUCUCACUACAUCACCUGCCAUUUUAACUCUCCUAGCACUGUAUUAAAAUGUGAUCUCAGUAGACAUAUGAUUAUCGAUCAAAGACUAUAAACAAGCGCUUCCACUACUGGGUCUGGCUCUGUUAAAAUGGACAAUCCUCCUUCUCCACCUGUAAUUUUAGAGAGAAAAAUAGCAAGGCGAUGUAUCAAGUGGUUCGGAGAACAAACGCUGUUCUUCACAGAGAGCUUUUAAGAGAUAUGAUUUUGCCAUCUUUGAAAUAUAAAGGGCUCCAGAUAACAAUCCAUAUUUGGUUUUGAAGUGUGACAACUAUAAGACAUCUCUACAGGGACAGCUUGGUUUUUUCGUUAAGUUAUCGGCCACAUAUAAGGCUUGGAGCCACAUAGGUGGAAAAUACAUUAAGGUUUCAUCAGCGUAACAUGAAACAUUAGUCAGAAAAGGUCUGAAUGAUUUGGGUCUCAUAAAAUCUAAGAGACAUGCAGCAGAAUAAUCUUACUGAGAAAAAACAAUAUUUUAAUAUUUAAUAAUACUCAACUCAUUUAAAUUCAGCUAUCAGUCUAAUCUAUUCUAUCAUCUUAUUUUCAGCCUGACGCUCGAUUCUAAAGAAAAACGAUCCACUAAAGUUGCACUUACUCAAUUUUACCGCUAUAGAUGUCGUGAUGUCCAGUCAUAUUCUAACAGAUCCAGAGCCCAGGUUCUUUGUCUUACUCAACGCAUGCACAUUAUCCUGAAAAGUUGAUAUUACUCAAUAUAUAUAUUUAAAUGUUUUGUGGUUCUCAGUAUUACAUUCACUCACUUUAUUUUGAUUUGUUUAAUUACCUAAUCUGUUAUUUUUACAAGUUGCAUGGUGUAACAUAUUGUAUACAAAUGCUUUAUUUGGAUAUCAGUAGGCUAUGUAAAGUGAACGAGUGUAUCGGCUGUAAACCCGAGUCUAUUUUUUAUUAUAGUUUCAAUAUAGUUAUAGUUAUUUUACUUUAUUACUAUAAAUACAGAGAUAACUUAUCAGCAGAAAAAAAAUUUACCAAAGUAUAUAAGUUCACUUAAACAUAUAUCUAUAUAAACAUAUAUAUAUAUUUUGUUUUGAAUUAAAAAAGAAGCUUGAUGGUCACUGACACAAUUCUAUACAUUUCUACUUAUGCCUUAAACAGAAACACCAAUUGGCAGCUAUACAUGAACUGAGCCCCAGAAUACACAUUUGGUGUGUGAUGUGUAUGAUGCACUGCUGUAUGAUCAGCUUGGAAAUGUAGAAAUGUUAGGCCAGAGGCACUUUUUCUUUUACUCUUGUUCACCGGCAACAUUUUAUAGUCUAUCUAAUGACUCAGAACUAGCUGUGUUAAACACUGGUCCAGAUACUAUCCUCAUUCAGGAUAACCAAGCACUAACCAAUUUAAAAGUAGUACGUCAUACAUGCAAAUAAUUUCAGCUCUCUAAAUGGCUGUGUGAACUAUUAUUUAUUUAUUUUUUUUUUAAUAGUUGGCCAGGCCUAAGCGUUUAGACACAAUUGCUUAAUUGUGAAGAGGAUUAAACAGGACCCCAUAACAUGAGCAGACAGGGUUCUUCAAGCUUGUUUUUUAAUUCAUGAAAUGAUGUGCAAACCAUUUUGUGUAAAUGUUUGGAAAAGGAUGGAUAUAGAAAAAAAAAAAAAGUAUGUAUAUGUUUUACAGAAUUUUUUCCCUUGGUAAAAAUGAUAAACCGUGUCCCACUGUUUCUCAUGUAUGUACGUGUGUAUGCAUGUGUGCAGA